AUGAAUUCGGUAGCACUAAUUUGCUUUUGUUUUCUUAUCUCUGCUAGUUUUGCAAAUAACAAUUUCGAAAUUUUGAUCACUGUUAAUGAAUCAAUUUCAUAUAUCAAUGACAUCGGUGGUCUCUCUUCGAAUCGAACAUUCAUUUAUUUACUUUAUACAUACGAGGAACCGUAUCAAUUGGUAAAAUUAAAUACAUCGACUAUGCUUCCAGUUGGUCGAUGCAUUUUACCCUAUCAUUAUAAUGAUACAAUUUGGCGACAACAGUUCUUUCUUCUUCCAUUUACGGACGAUUUUUUAUUUGUCGGUUUCAUUGAAAAUCCUUAUAAACCCGAAGGAGGAACAUUCUUGCAAGGAAUUGAUCUACGCUCGAUGACAAUCAACGAGAAUAUGCAACGACUUUUCUCUUUCCAAACAUUUACUAAAUUUGUAUGGAUACAAGCUAUACCAGAAAAGAAUAAAAUCAUAGCAAAUCUUUGGCAAUGGGAUCUAACUACCAAUGAACUGAGUAAACCUAAGAUAAUAGAUGGUCGGCUGCCAUCGAACAAUUCCUAUGGUAAUUGGUUAUUACCGAGUCCAUCUCCCAAUGAACCAUCACAAUUAUUUUUCUUAUUUGAUGGAUACGUAGCAUACACUUUGAACAUCAGUUCAUCUACUUCAUGGGAAAUCAACAAAUAUCUAUCAGAAAUAUCUUUAGAUUUUCUCUCAAAAGCUUUAUCAUUUCAUUUAGACACGAUUAAUUCAACAUGCAUUGCUGCUAUCGAUGAUGAAACAAAUCUUUUCAUCUAUAAUCUUUACACUCGUCAUGUAACUCUAGAAUUUAAUUUACGUCAGUUGUUUCCCGAUUAUCCUAAAAUGCUCGAACAAAUCCCAAAUAAUCUCUGUGCAGAUGAAGAGUACAUUUACGUCACAAGUUCAACCAACACAGAACCAUGGGAUCAACAAUAUCUAUUUCGAAUUGGUUUAAUCCAAACAAAAGAUGCUAUCGGUUUACUUUCAUUUUCCGAUGAAAAUUUUGGUUUAACCGAGCUAGUCCCGUCAAAUGAUACAGUCUAUUCCUUCGAACGAUUGUAUGAAGGGAAAGAUGAUUUCAAUAUAUAUAAAAUGGGAACACCGCAAAAGAAAAUUCUGUCUUAA